CUUAUCAUUCUUAUCUCUUAUAGUCUUUUAUAUCACGAGUAUAAGAAGAUUAUAAAAAUCUAUUAUUUAUUUUUUUGUUAUUUUUCAAUUUUUGUUUACAAUAAACUCGAUAAAGGUUAUAUAGUAAUAUAUACAAAAUGUCAGCUCUAGCAUCAUUGACGGCCAAUUAUACUGAUUCUGAAGAUGAAGGUACUACACCCAGUCAGCGUAAACAUAUCGAAGAACAUGUAUCUAUUUCAAAUGAAUUACCCCAAGAACAUAAUCCACCACAACCACAACUACAAAUACCAAAUUCAGCUCCUGCCGUCACUAACCCAGAAGUUACUAAUAAUCUAGUAUCAUAUUUUGAAGAUCAUGAUAUUGUUAUGUCAGAUGAAGAAAUUGAUCGAAGGUCAGAUAUAGAUGAAGAAGAUAUUUUACCUCCAGAACCGCAAGGUAGGUGCUCUAAAGAGUUGCAAGAUAAAAUUGCGAGAUUACACGAAAAAAUGGAAAAAGAAGGCAUGAAUAUGAAUUUUUUGAUACAGAAGAGAAAAGAUUUCCGUAAUCCCAGCAUAUAUGAAAAACUUUUACAAUUUUGUAAUAUUAACGAAUUAGGUACAAACUAUCCACCACAUUUGUAUGAUCCUCUCAGGUGGGGUAAAGAAUCAUUUUACGAAGAAUUGGGUCGCUUACAAAAAGAAGAUAUGGAAAAGAGACAAAAAGAAAGAAAGGAGAAAACAAAAGUAAGUAAUCGUGUAAAAAUCAUGUUUUUCAUUCAAUCAAUUUUCUAAAUAUUAGUUUUUUGAAUAUUUCUUAUUAAUUGUGAUUAUUAAUAGGUUGAAGUUGUUUCUGGUACAAAAAAGCCUUCAGUCAGUGUUUCAAACAUAGUAUCACACAAAUCAGAUGAUAAAAAAACUAAAUGGGACUUGACAACAUUAGCAACUGGUACCAAAGGAACAAUUAUUUCAGCUUUUGGUUCAUUGGCAAAAAAGCAAAAGCUAGAUAUUCAUUAAAACAAGUCUGCAUAUGUAAAUUAAUAUAAAUAUUAUUUACCUUAGAAUUAUGACACUAGAUUUUUUUUUUUUUUUAUAUAUAAUAAAACAAAAUAAAAACACUGUAUUUUAGUUUUUAAUGUACUUAAUAAUAAUGUUAUUUCUUUAAAGUACAUUUCUACUGUUGUACAUAUUAAACUAUAUAUAUAAAUAAUAUUAUUGUAAAAUUGUAUUUAAGCAAACUUUAAUGGAACAAUGAUAAUAGAUUAAUAAACUAUAUUAUUUUUAUUUAUUUUGAUAUAAAAGAUAAAGAAUUAGUAGAAGGGUAUCAUACAUUGGUAUUAAUGUAUACUUAUAUAUUAUAUAAGGUAUGAAAAUUGUAUGCUAUAAAUAAUAUUAAAUUUAUCUUACAUAGCAGUAGCAACAACAACAACAACAAUAACAACAAAGCCUAUAACUAUUUAAUUUUAAUAAUUAAACAAAUUUUUUCAGCAUUUAAAAAAUAGUAAUUUUGUUACAUAAUAUGAAUACAGCAGUUAAAAAAUUCUUAUAAUUUAUUAUUUCGCAAAUAUUUUACAUAAUUUCUCAACUUUUAUUUUACGACAACACUAACUUAAUAAUUGAUAACCCAUUUAAAUCAAUUAAUAGUUUUUUUUUAAAAAAAAAAAUAACAAUUAUAAACGUAUCUAAAUUCUUAUAUAUAUAUUUCACUUGUUACUAUUUUAUUACUGUUUGGUAAUAAAGUUAAAAAAAUCAGUGUGGCACUUGAGAUUGGCAAAUUAAACAAAGGUCUUGAAUUUGUGGGUGAAUGGUUAACAAACAUGGUAUUCACUUUCUAUAUCUUUAAUCGUAGAUCUUUUCAUCUGUGUAACUUUUAAUAUUACAAAUGUCGAUUCACUCAUGUACCAAGUGGCACUAAAUAGGUUAUAAAGUUAUAACAGCUGUUACUCCUUUUUUAAUGGGUAAGUGGUAUGUACUGUGUUUUGAAUAUGUAUUGUUUUAUUUUAUGAACGAUUUUAAAAGUACUCCAAAAUAGACACUCCUGCGAAUUCAAACUCUUGUAAUUAAAUUUUGAAUUACAAUGAUAAUUUAGAUAAUUAUCAGGACUAAGCAAGUUAAUCUUAACUUAAAUUUCAAAAAGCAUCAUUGGUAUCUUCUACGGUGUAACUAUAUGGCCAUACUUGGUCUAUAAUUAGCUGUGCAUUGAACAAGUUUAAAAUCGAUUCCUCUCCUUCACAAUCUAUCAAUUGUAUAUCCUCUUACCUCACUAGAAACCUUUAUUUAUUUUUAUUCCUACUCAUUUCACCUUCUACAGGCACAACCAACCUCUACAUAGGAUGUUGUGUCAGCGCAUCGUCUAAACUUGUUUAUUAUUCUCGAGUAAAUUUUUGUUACCUUGCCCAACGUCUCAAGGCGUUUGUUUAUUAUUAAAAUAAAAAAUAAAUAUAAUAAUUAUAUAAAUACAAGAGUACCUACCUAUAAAUAGAUAGGUAUGAUAGGUAUUUUUUUGAAGUGAUACCUAUAGGUUUUUACAUAAAAAUGACAAAUAUUCAACACCUAUAUUAUAAUACAAUACAGUCCUUAAUAUUAAUAAGUUUUAAAGUUAGCACGAAUCUAAUUCCAUACCUAAAUGUGGUUAAGGUUUAUUUGGAAAUAACACAGAUGAAAUUUGGAAUUAAUUUAAAUUCAACACUAUAGUCAAUAGCAUCUAAAAUGUCGGUAGGUUGAUAUAACAAUGAAACGUUAUAUCCAUAGACAUAUAAAUAUUUAUACGUCUAUGUUUAAGUCACCUAUUUUAGGUUAGUUUAGCGCCACUGCAUGCACGAAGUUAAGAUUGGAAGCAAAAUUUGCAAUGCUUUUAAUUCGCCUUUGGGAUAUUUGUUUUACUAAGAAAUCAAAAAUUAAUCGACUGGGGCUUCAUAAAAUUUAUAAUUUAACAUUGCAUUCCAUGAUAUUUCUAUAAAAAUAUCUAAUAAUAAUACUAAUAAUAAUGUGUCUGUACCAAUAUUUUUACAUUUAUAUUUGUAAAAAACAAAUUUUGACGACAAAUCACAGUAGUAUACCCGACACACUGGUCGAGAACCACAGAUCUAAACAACACUAUAUAGUUAACAGUCAACAAAUUAACACUAUGAAAUUAUAAAAUAUUAUUAUGUUAAUGACAUUAAUUUUUGUACAUGUCGCACAAGACUUUUUCCAUCGGUAUAUUGCCAAUGGUCCUUUGAAAAAAUAUCGCCUCGAUCCUGGCAGCCGGUACGUUUUUCAAUAGGGGUAACAUCAACAAAAGUCGACCAAAACGGACAGGUUGUCCGGGAUGCUGGUUUCUAGUGUGUUGACCGAGCAUGACGUGCGCUUGAUCCUGUAAAUUUUCAACCUGUAUCGGGUCUUUCAAUCCUCGAGUAUCUAGAACAACCGUGAAAAUCGGUACAUGAAAAUGCAAA